AUGAAACCAUUACCGGAGCAAUGUAACGAGCAUCAGAAAAAAAGCUCCAACCAGUCUCCCGGGGAGAUGCCUAGCGAAGAGACAAAAACAGCACCUGGAGACACGGCGGCGAAAAUAUCCGAGAGGCCAGCGCAGCUGAAUGGCAACACUUUGACUCAUGAUGUCACGCACCCGUCCGCCCAACCGCAGUUGGAGACCAGCCAUCCCUCUCCAGCCGCUCCGUCCCCGGACAACCUGCUGCCCAGGGACCAGUGGGGAGGGAAGUAUGAGUUCCUGCUGUCCUGCAUCGGUUACUGCGUCGGCCUGGGUAACGUCUGGAGGUUCCCUUACCUCUGUUACCGCAACGGCGGAGGAGUGUUCCUCAUCCCAUACUUCAUCAUGCUCUUCAUCACGGGAAUGCCCCUCUUCCUCAUGGAGCUGAGUUUGGGUCAGUAUGGAGCGGCCGGGCCCAUUACCGUGUGGAAAUGCUGCCCGCUCCUCAAAGGGAUUGGCAUUGGAAUGCUCUGUGUGUCCACACUAGUCUGUCUGUAUUACAACGUAAUCAUCGCAUGGACCUUCUACUACCUGGGAAGCUCCUUCCAGCACCCCUUGCCCUGGUCCUGUGAUGCCCUGUCCAAUGCUCCCCUGUGUGGGAAUGUAACCACAGUGGGCGAUGAAAAAGCCCAAGGACCCUCGGAAAUUUUCUGGAAUGAGAAGGUAUUAGGGGUGAACCUCAGCGCAGGUCUUCAUGACCCUGGUCCCGUGCGGUGGCAGCUGGCACUGUGUCUGUUCGCUGCCUGGGUUAUAAUUUUCCUCUGCAUCCUGAAGGGAAUCCGCAGCUCUGGAAAGGUGGUGUAUGUAACUGCCACGUUCCCAUACUUUGUGCUGUUGGUUCUGAUCAUCAGGGGCGCGACCCUGGAGGGUUCCCUGCAGGGCGUGGCAUUCUACCUCACGCCCAACUGGACCGCCCUGGCCAACGCACAGGUGUGGAACGACGCGGCCUCUCAGAUCUUCUACUCCUUGGGUAUCGGUGUCGGGGGACUGCUCUCCAUGGCGUCUUACAACAAGUUUGACAACAACGUCAUCAGGGACACACUGGUCAUCACCGUUGGGAACUGUGCCACCAGUUUCUUCGCUGGUUUCGCCAUCUUCUCAGUCCUCGGUCACAUGGCCUGGAGAAAAGGAGUGAAGGUAGCGGAGGUGGCAGACAAAGGUCCCGGUUUGGCGUUUGUCGCUUACCCAGAGGCCCUUGCUCUUCUCCCCGGCUCCGUGUUCUGGGCCAUCAUGUUUUUCCUGAUGCUCUUCAUGCUGGGUAUUGACACACUGUUUGGGAACAUGGAGGGCAUUUCCACAGCUGUGUUGGAUGAGUUUCCUCAGCUCAGGGGCAAUUUGAAACACAAGUCUAUUUUUCUAGGACUUCUCUGUUUCGCCUUUUACCUGAUGGGCCUGCUGCUUAUCACCAAUGGAGGAAUAUACUGGUUCACACUCAUCGACUCCUUCAGCACUAGUUUCGGACUCAUCAUCAUCACCCUCUUUAUGUGUCUGGGCAUUUCUUUUUUCUAUGGAGUGAACCAGUUUUGUCAGGACAUUGUGGACAUGAUCUGUCGUUGUCCGGCCUGGUGCACCAAAGUCCUAACCUACUUUAAAUAUUGUUGGGCAUUCUGCACCCCUUUCCUCUUACUGUUCAUCCUGACCUAUAUAUUUAUAGAGAUGUACAGGACCCCACUCACGUAUGGGAAAUAUGUUUUCCCAUUCUGGGGCAAGGCACUGGGUGUGUGUAUGGGUGCUUUCUGCUGCCUGCAGAUACCCAUCUGGGCCAUUGUGGCUAUCAGUAAAGAGUCUGGUACUCUCAAAGAUCGCUUUAAGAAAGCCAUCAGGCCACUGAACUCCUGGCGGGUGAACAACAUCAACAGCAGUGGAGGGCAGGACCAACAUGUGGAAUCGGAAAGAGUGGAGGCUCCAUACACCGUCAACCUCACUGAGGUCGACUUCACUGCUAUGGCUUGGGAGACAGGAACCGACGCUUGA